AUGCGUGGAGGCAGCACUGGAGCCGCUCAGACACGCAGGGAGUUAGACCUGAGCUACAACCAUCCAGGAGCCUCAGCAGAGGUCCUGACCGCUGUACGGGACCACCCCCACUACCCCCUGCACACACUCAGGCUGGACCCGGCUGGAGAGAGGUGGAUGGUCACAGGUCCAAGGAAGUACUUCUGUGACGUCUCUCUGGAUCCAAACACGGCCAAUAACACUCUGCAGCUGAGUGAGGACAGAAGGACAGUGACCAGAGUGAAGGCGCUGCAGCUGUACCCCUCUCACCAGGACCGCUUCAGCUCCUGCCCACAGCUGCUGAGCUCCACCGCCCUCACAGGACACUCUUACUUUGAGGUGGAGUGGAGCGGAGAUGUAGCUAUAGCACUGAGUCACAGAGGAAUCGGACGCAGAGGAGACCUGGACCAGUGUCGCUUUGGGGACAAUGAUCAGUCCUGGAGUCUGAGGAUCGAAGGAGACGGGAGAUCCUUUUGGGGAGAACGCGUCUCUGGCCACGUCUGCACCUCUGCUCUCCCUGUGCACUGCUACAUUUUGGGGAUAAUGGAGCCUCUCAGUCCUGGUGCAGAUCUCGGCCCUGAUCUGAGCUCUCUGUGUCUCUCUGAGGAAACAUCUGCAAGGAGGAAAGUGGAAAAAUCUGGAUCUCAAACCAGACCUGGUCCCAGCUGUGAGUCUCUGAAGAGUGACAGGUCCAAACCGUUGUCAAUCAACUUUAAAAGGGACUCGAACCCUCACCCUGCUCUGAGCUGUGGCUCCAGCCUCAGUGACAGCUCUGAAGACUGGCUCGAAGAGUUUAAGAACAGUCCACCUGAGAACAUGGGUAAGAAUCAGAAACUGCAGCUGCGCGUGAGGCAGCUUGGUCACGUGACGUCACCGUCACCUGAGACCAAAGGCUGCAGCCAAUCACAGAGCAGCACACUGAAGCGCACGCUUACAAACCACUGCUUAGUCAAGAGUCCCUAA